AUGUUGUUUUUCAGCUCUCGCAAGCUUGCCCUCAAGCAUCGUCGUUUUCCGCUCGUCACAGCGCCGUUGAAAUGGAUCGGGCUCACCGAAGAGUCAUCCAAAGCGCUCCAGCCUCCAAACCCUCCGGAACCUGGCCCAUCGGCCCAGGCAGCGCAUAACGAGGACCGUGAUAUGGACGAGGAUGCUCAGUCGGACGAUGGCAGCACGGAGUACACCAGUUCUGAGGGUAGCCGCUCACCUUCCUACUCCCCACCACCUCCACGGCAACCCACGAUCCCCCGUCCUACUCCAUGGUUCGAACGACCUUACGAAGACACCCCCGAACCGCCCCUUCCACCUCUCCGAUUCGACGUCUCCGCCCACGCCAGAAAGUUCGAACGCGAACUGAUGAGAUCCCCCGUCAAGAACCCGCAGCAAGAGAUUUUCGUCCGAGAGCUCAAGCGGCUCGGUCAACAACAGCAAUGGAACCGUACCCUCAACGCCGCACGUGCCUUUGCUGCCACCGGUAUCAACCUCGAGGAGCGCGGCCAGGAGCGCCAGAGGAGGGCGCGAGACAAGGCGGCUGCGGCUGCGAGGGCGGCUGCGGAGAGGGAGCUGAAGAGGCAGAAGAUGAUGGCGAGGAAGCUUCCUCCCCAGCGUCCUCUUGAUAUCUUGCAAGGCGGAGCGUAUGUGUUGCCAUCGGUGCGCGCCCAUCGAGCCCAGGAGGCCGCCGGAGGUGCCGGAGGUGCCGGCACUAGCGCUGGUGCUGGACCUUCGCGUCCCCGCACGGCGUUUGGACAACCUGAACCACAGCCUAGUCCUCCCAGACGUCCACGCAUACCAUACGUUGACCCUAAACCGUUGAUGCGUGCUCGCCUCAGCGAUCUUCAUCGCAACGUUGUGGUCGGCUUCCGCCGUAGCCCUCGCAAGGCCAAGAGAACCACCAGGAAUUGA